AUGGGGUGGACUUGGAAUCAGACCCAGUCACGCCCCAAGAUCUGCCGCCCAUAUGUGGUUUGCACGUCCUGUGGCGCCUGGCAGUACACUUCCAAGGCCAAGAAGAAAGUCUGGUGCAAGUGCGGAGAGCCCUUCCACAUUCCCGACGCUGGCGACAAAAGCACCCAGGCCAGUCAGGCGAGCGAGAAGGGCGCGCCGCAGGACCAAGAUAUGAAGUCCAUCCUCACCGCCAUCCUGGGGGUGCUCAGUGACGCCCAGAAGCAGGAGCUCGGGCCCGCCGCCCAGUCAGCAGCAGCGCUCGUGUCGGAGAAGAAGCCCGCCCCCGCCGUGGCUGCAGUGGCAGCUCUCCAGCGGGUGCGGCAGCACGAGAAGAAAGUCACAGAGCUUGGUAUACACGUACAGGAGUUAGAGACCCAGCUCCAGGCCGCCAAGGAUGACCGCGCCAAGGUAACCAUGGAGUUACAGGAGGCGCGUCAGCAGUUCGAGGCGGCCAGCCAGCAGGCCACCGCCCAGUGGGGCACCGCCGCCGCGGCCGAGGACGCCAUGGAGGAGGACCAGGAGGCGGCGCCCAAGGAGGCCCCCGCGGCCGAGCAGCCCAAGGCCAGCGUUCCCGAGCUGCCGCCAGGGCUGCGCGCCGCCGUCAGCGGCCUGCAGGGCGAGGACGCCGAGCAGGCCCAGGCCUUUGUGCAGCAGCUCGAGGCGGCGACCAAGGCGGGGAAGGCACCACCGCCGAAGCGGCCGCCGCCCAAGCGCCAGGGCGCCGCUGGCGGGCCCGCAGCCAGCGCAGCGGGAGGAGCGGAUGACGAGAGCAGGCGUGGCCGCAAGACCGACAAGUCGCCCGUCCCCCACCGCAGCCGCAGUGAGCCCAGGGGCCGUGGGGGGCUGCAGGCGGGGGCCAGAGGGACUGACCGUCUCCCCGAGCCGCCAGCAGGGCGCACAGACGCGCCUAGCAGCCCCCCCGCAGAUGGGGCCCAGCAUGUUUUCACCAACGAUCAGUCGAUAGGAAGUUUCACUAGUCUCGUCAUCAGCCAGUCGGAUGACAUCUUUAGCCUCAGCGACAGCAGUGAGAGUGACCUUGUCAAUUUUGACCCGUCCGUUGUCAGCGUCAGUGCCACGGGAGAUGCAGGACACAAGGAUGACCAGGAUGGGAGGGGAGAACAAGGAGGGGAGCCACUCAUGCUGUAUCUCGCCAACAUCACUAGCUGGCACAAGAAGGCCAGGGACUACGUUCAGUCCAGCGAUUUUGCGCGGCCGCAUGUCAUUAUGUUUAGUGAAAUGCACGUUCAACGAGACAAACUGCGUGACGUGCACAAAUUCAUGAAGAAGCAAGGGUGCAGGUCCUACGUCUGCCCAGCUGUCAGGACUUCGGCGACGGGGUCCCCUGGAGGGGUAGGCCUCUUCGCCCUGCGCAGCCUCUGCUCCCACGCCCGCACCAUGGGGGCGAAAGGACGUGACCAGCCCCCCUACGGUGGGCAAGGGUGGACAGCUUGCCACCUCCGUCUCCGAGGGCACAGCCUGAUUUUGGUUUCCACUUAUCUGCAAAGUGAUGCAGGGUAUAACGAGUACAAUACGCAAGUGACCAGCCAGAUCGCCACCUUCCUCACAGCCCACAAGUUGCCCUUUAUCAUCGGGGGGGACUGGAACAUGACAGGGAAGGAGCUCAUGGAGGGGGGCCUCUGGGUGAAGACCAUCCAUCGCGUCAAUCUUUCUGAGAUGUGGUUCGAGCUGGUGGAGAGCCAGCCGCGCCUCAGGAAUGGGAUCGAGCUCGCCUGGCCCAAGGUGGUCACCAAGCUCCAGCGGCCCAGGCGACGCUUCGAGGCAGGCUUAGCAGACGACUCGGUGUGCCCGUUGUGCGGAGACCAUCACUGCGAUGAUUAUCACAAGUUCUGGGGGUGCCCGCUCCUUUUCCAGGCCGACCAUCCCCUCAUCCAGGCAACGGAGGACCUAGUGGACACCGCUCAAGGGGGCGACCAGCCAGCCUGUCUGUGGCUCCGAGGGUUCGUUCCAGCAGGUCUCGCUCUGAAGGCUGUAGAGGACACCGCACCUCAGCGCCCCGUCCUAGUUGGGACUGGCGCCUUCCUGGACCCUCCCGAGCCGAGGGGCGGUUGGCGCCUCGGUUCGGUGGAUGGCUCGGGGGGUGCUUUCUCUUCCGAUCCCCGCCUGAGGCGUGUAGGAUGGGGUGCAGGGGUCUGGGAUGAAGAUUUAAACCUCCUUGGCACUCUCCAAGGGAAUGUCAUAGGGCUCCAGACCAUCAAUCGGGCGGAGCUCAAAGGGGCCACCGAGCUCCUCAAGCAUACCCAGGGGGACCUUAUAGUGGUCACCGACUCGGCCUACCUCAUCCGUGGGUACCACAGGGGUCCCCGCAGGCGAGCUCGUUCCAAUCGUAGGCUCUGGGCCGAGCUUUGGAGGGUCCUAGGGGCUCGCACGGGCCAGGUCAAGUUUCUUAAAGUUAAGAGCCAUGCCACGGACCCUGAGGUCCGCGCCCGUUUUCCCGCCUGGGCCCUGUAUGUGAAUGAACAGGCCGACGAAUUCGCUGGACAGGCUGCCGCCUCUGCCGCCGUGCCCCAGGACCUGGUCGACCGAGUGCUGGCCUUGGACACACUCGCAGAACAGGUCCGAGGGCGAUUGGCGGCUGUCCAGAUGAUGUGGUGGACCCACUACCCAGUGGAAGAGGCUCCCGCUGAGACUAAGAGGGCUCAGCGCAAGGAGCGGAGUGACAACGCUGUCCAGCACCUUCUAGAGGUGACCGCCCACUGGCCCCAGGCCCGCGACGACCAAGUUUCUUGUGCCAGGUGCGGCAAGCAGACCCACAGGAGGUGCUGCGCUCGCUGGCUCAAGCUCCCGUGCCCCGCCGCCAGGUGCGGGUGCUGGAAGGUUCGGGCCUCCAGGAAAUUCAAGGUGCAGUGCAAUCCUCUGGUGUCGGAG